GAUGAAAUUGGGCCGGGUGGUCCAUAUUUUAUUUCAACCCAGCCCGCCUCUCACUGCUCCGCUGCUUCCUGUUGUAUCUCGGCAUUACUAAAUUUUCUGAGAAUCCAGACAAACGGCGGGAAGGGCAGUCUAGGGUUUCGGGUCAGAAAUGAAGGUGAGGGUGGUGUAUAGGAAAGUGCGUGAUUACAUACGAUAUGAUCUGAAAGAGAUAGCAUUUCCGUCGUCGCUGCCGGACCCUCCUCAUAUCAAGAAGCGCCGCAAGCUCACCUGGCAUGAGCGCUUCCUGGUGUUGAAGGAGGCUUCUAGGCUUUAUUGUGCCAGCUGGGUGCGGGACAUUGGUCCUGAACUGCGACCUAAUGAUUAUAAGAAGUAUGAAGAAAGUGAGAAUGAACCUAGUGGAUCAAAGAGCACAACUAAAGACAAAGAACCGUCAACACUAGAAGAUCUUGCUGUGGCUGCUCGAGGAGGGAUGGAGACAUUAAAGCCUGCUCUGCAACGGAUCUACAUGACAAGAGCUUCUGCAUAUAGGGAUGCUCUUAAAAGUUUCAUCCAUGGGUACCAAGAAGGCAUUCAGCAGGUCGUGGAGAAAAAGGAAGAGUCUAAAUCUGACAAGGCAGGUGAUAUACCAAAAUAAAUCUACUUGCAAUCUUUUCAAUAGGCUGUAGGGUUCUUUAGCAUACCAACUUUCCGCGCAAGUUGUUGGCGGCUUGGCGUGGCUGCUGCACAAGUUCUUGAGCUUCAAUGUAACAUGUUUUUUCUUUCUGGAACAUCUAUCAUGAUAGUUCAUUUGAGAAAUAUGUGAAUAUAUCGGAAUGUACGUCAAUUUCGUAGACUACACAAGUGCUGGGAG